AUGGCAGAAGGAGGGUGUGCACAGAGCGAGGAGGAGGAAGCGGGCUUGUCCCGGGGCAGCGGAGUCUGCAAGUGGUUCAACGUACGGAUGGGCUUCGGCUUCCUGUCCAUGAACAACAGGGACGGAGUCACUCUGGAGCAGUCGCUGGACGUGUUUGUCCAUCAGAGUAAACUGCACAUGGAGGGCUUCCGCAGCCUCAGAGAGGGUGAGGCGGUAGAGUUCACCUUUAAGAAAUCAUCUAAAGGACUGGAGUCCGUCAGGGUAACUGGGCCUAAUGGAGCUGCGUGUCUGGGUAGUGAGAGAAGACCAAAGAGUGCCCAGAAACGACGCUCCAAGGGGGACAGAUGCUACAACUGUGGAGGACCUGGCCACCAUGCCAAAGAAUGUCAGCUGCCCCCUCAGCCCAAAAAGUGUCAUUUCUGCCAGAGUGUGUCCCACAUGGUGGCCAGCUGUCCCGUCAGAGCACAACAGCAGCAGCAACAGCAACAACAAUCCUCUCCAGGCUCUCAGGGAACAGCUACCUCACGGAGGGAUGAGGAAGAGGAGCACACCCUCUGA